AUGAAGCUCGUGCGAUUUUUAAUGAAAUGCGCCAAUGAAACGGUGACUAUCGAGUUGAAAAAUGGCACAAUCCUCCACGGCACCAUCACCUCCGUCUCCCCGCAAAUGAACACCUCUCUCCGCACCGUCAAAAUGACCCCCAAAGGCCGCGACCCAAUUUCCCUCGAUACCAUCAACAUCCGCGGCUCGACGAUCCGCUACUAUAUCCUGCCCGACAGUCUGCCGCUCGACACGCUGCUCAUUGACGAUACACCCAAGCCGAAGAACAAGGCGCGCAAGGAGGCCGAUCGUGGUGGACGUGGUGGUGGCCGGGGACGCGGUGGUCCGAGGGGGAGAGGCCGUGGUCGUGGUCGGGGCAGGGGUUUCUAG